CUUAAAUACAUGCAAAAACAGAACAACUAGAAAAAUUCACACAAAAUCGAAGUAGAGCACAUAAAAAGCAUUUGGAGUACAAAUAACCCCCAAAAAAUUCAAAACAAACCAGAAGCAUUUACAAAAAAGAAAAAAAAAUGACAAAUUCUCAAGCCAGCAAUAGAGAGCUUGCUAAGUAAAGUAAUGCACCGACCGAACGAACCGAUUAACCGAAUGUCGAAAAAGAAGAAAUAAUGAGCGAAAAAGUAAAAGUUCUCUCCUCUCUCGCUCGUCGCUCGCGCUGAUAUUCACUUUUCUGUCUUCAUUCAAUACUUGCGCCCGAAGUUUCCCCGUUGCAGUCAAACGAAAGUAAAAACUAUCGCAAUACAUUAUUUUCAAAACAAUUUGUUAACAACUGUUGAACGAGAAAUACCGAAAAAAAGUCGCGCUUACAAAAUUUUAUUUUCCAUAUUUUUUUCUUUCUUUUUUCUAUUUUGAAACUUUUUUAUUUCGAGUUUUAAAUUAAAUUGAAAUUAUUUUUCUUCCUUUUUUCAAAUUUGCCGCGAUCGCGAAAAGGAUAAUUUUCCAGAUCUUUUUGGACUUUUUUUGAUCGUGCGGAAGUGAAAAGAUCCUGUUGUGAUUCUUGUGGAAAUUAAAAAAAAAUAAUUUAAAAAAAACUGAAAAAAUAAAAGAAAGAGGAAGUGAAAUUAUAAAAAAUAAAAAACGAUUUAAAAAUAAAAAUUCAGUAAAUUUAAUAAAAGAGAAAUGAAUUAAAAUAUUUAAACUGAAAAGAUAAAAAUUGACAGUGCUGAGCAUCUCUGAAUGAACAAAAAAUAAAAGAAAAACACAUGAAAACUUAUUUCAAAAAACUGUGACAAAUAAAUAAAUAAACUUAAAAAAAUUAAACGUGAAAAUAACAAAUACAAGCAAUUUGUUUUGAAAAACAUCAUUUAAAAUUUGGAUUAAAUUUAAUAAAUCUUAAAUAAAAAAGACUAUACGUGACCUAAUAAAUUCUUCAUCGUGGAAAAGCUACAACUUCAAACUAAUCAGCAAAGUAUUAUAAUCAACCAACCUAGACACACACACACACACACACAUAGAGUUUAAAACUAAAACCACAAAAAUACAGUUCGACCCAAAAUUGAUAAAGGUGACCACAAAAGUUUUUAGAGCUAUAUUAAUUGAUAGGAGAAUAUUCUGGAUAAAUCGGCUAAGAAGCUUUAUUAACUUGAUCUUCCGAAAACAACUUGUGAAUUAAAAAGCUUCAAACAAUCCCAACCGUCCGUUAUACCCCUCAGCGACUGAUAUCCCCUCUCAUCCUAUUAUCGUGUCGAUGUCAAGCCAUGGAAUCACCUCAAAUGUAUGACAAUAAUCAAAAUAAUCUCCCCAUGGCUGCUCAAACAAAGUCGAUAGUAAAUGGCUCAAAUGUCAUUAAUAAUAAUAAUAAUAAUUCAAUUACGAUAAAUGCAAAUCUAAAGAACGAUCAUGUCAAUGGUGGUCUCACCAACGGCACAGCUCUACUACAAAAACAGAUACAACAACAUCCACAGCAAUUAUUGCAACAUCAACAACAACAAAUACAGCAUGUUGUACAGCAAUAUACACAGAAUGAUCUCGAGGAGUUGACAAAUCCAGAAAUUUCACUCGACUUGGCGAAUUUCAUUGACGAUCAAUUCCGUAAUGAACAGGAGCAAUUUGCAUUUUUCAAUAAAGUCGUUCCAGCUGUUGUGAAUGGCGUUAAUGGUGUCAAUGGUGUUAAUGGAAUUGUCAAUUCGGAAGCUGCUAAAGCAAUCCAACAGGCGAGAUUUCAACAUCGACAGAAUCCAACGAAUGCAUUGGCCUACAUGCCCGGAUGUGUUACAGGAAAUCCAAAUGAGGCGGUAGAGAAUGCAGAAAAUCCAAAUAUUAAGGAAGAACCAGUUGAUCCAAUUGAGCUUAGGAGACUUCAACAAUUGACUGCAAAUAGUCAAUUCCUCAAUGGAAAUUAUCAAUUCCAAAAUAAUAAUAAUAAUAAUAAUAGUAAUAAUAAUAAUAAUAAUAUUAAUAACAAUAAUGGUGCAACAUUCACUUCACUUACACCAGCAUCAGUGCUUCAUCAUCAACCACAUGCUCCAGGAAAAUUCCCAAAUCAUGCAGCAGCCCACUUAUCAAACUUCCAAAAACUCAACAAAAAUCUCGUUAGUCGAAAAAAUUCACUAAAAGGAGCUGACAAAGGAACUGAUGAAUACCGUAGACGACGUGAAAGGAAUAACAUUGCUGUUCGGAAGUCACGCGAGAAGGCAAAAAAGCGAGCUCAUGAUGUCGAAAAGAAGCUUAAAGAACUCCAAAAAGAGAACGAUUCGCUGAGACGCUGCGAUGAGGAAAAGACAAAUGUCAUUUUAUUAUAUAAUCAAGUCUUUAUGAGACUAAGCAAUCAUAGUAAUCCAGAAAUUAAGCAAAUUGUCUCACUUGAGUUAAAUUCAAUGAAUAUGCAAUGUGAUCAGGGCAUGAACAUGCAAAAUUCACUUCUACAUAACAGUUAUUUGACGAAAGAUACUUAAAUGUUAGGAAAUUAUUUUAUAAAUUAAGAUUUUAAAUAAAUUCGUGGAUUGUAAGUUUUUCAAUUUUUUUCAAAAAUCUGGAACGAAAGCGCACGCGGUGGUUGGAAACUUUUGAAAGAAAAUAGCAAAAAUGUUCGUUAAAAAAAUAUUUUAAAAAAAUACAAAAAUUGGCCAAUUUUUGAUGAGAUCUAAACAAAAGUUAUUGGAUAUUGAAUAAUUUGGAUUGAGACCGAUCUGGUCAACAUCUUAACCUAAUUAAGAUCAAAGACUGAAGCCUUUAACAUUAAGCACUUCUAAAUUGAUGCAAUAAGAUCUCAAUUGAAUUUCAACAAAUGAUGUCUUCAGCUCAAAAUAAACAAGGCGUGGAAACUCAGGAUUAAUCUGAAUAAUCCCAAAAAUCCUAAAAAAUCUCUCAUGCGUUUGAUAAAUAAUUUUGGCAUUUUAAACGGAUUUCACAUUUUUAUGUUUAUUGGCUCAGGGAUUUUUUUGGAUUUUUGGGAUUUUUUAAGGACUAAUCUUGAGUUUCUACGUCUUGAAAAAAGCCUGAGCUUCCUUAUCAUUUUUAACUAGAAAGUUUUCAGCAUACAGUCAGAAUUUCUCAUCAAAUUUGGCCAAAAUACUUGUCGACCUGAUUAAUUUGAAGGAUUAAGAGUGAUUUUAGAGACUGUCCAGAAAUGUAAAGAGUCUCAACAGUUUUCUUAGAAUUCUGAAGAUUAACUUCUCAAUGCUAAUGAAUUGAACCUCUUUAGCCUUCAAAAUGUUUGUAUGAGAAAAAAUAUAUAUUUUUGGAUUUGAAAAAAAAAAUAAAAACUAGAAAAUUCCAAAUUUAAUUUUAUUAUAAGAAACAACAAUCACACAUCCAUAAGCUGUCAUUUCCAUUUUUCACCAGCAUUACGUUUAUCAUCUUAAUCUAAUCCUGAAUUAUAAAUUUAAUAGAAAAAUAAAAACAGCAUUUUUAUUGAAAAUUUAUUUUUAAAAAAAUUAAUAAUUUUGUAUUUAACCAAAGACUUUGAAUAUUUUAACAUAAACAAAAAUUGCGAUCGCUUUGUUUUUAUAAAAAAAAUAUCUAAAUAUUUUCAUGGAAAUAAGGGAUUGAUUUUGAAAUAAAUUGACCACAUUUUCCACUUUUUUAAAUCUUCAAUUCCAUCACUAAACACCUUCUUCGACCAUCAUCUAAAUUUAAUUCAUUGGCAGCUGCUUAGAUUUUUUUUGAUUAUUUGAUUUUGUAGCUUAAUUGAAUAUUUAACUUAGCUUACGUCCAAAGAAAAAGAAAAUAUUUUUCUUAUAAAUUUAUAUCACACAAUUUGCUUGAUUUUUGGUGCAAUUUUUCGAUUGAAUAAAAUAUUUUGUGGAAACUUUUAUGUUAACUUUUGAUGAAUCUAAUAAAAUUUAAAUUUUGAAAAUAUCUAGGUUUAAAAAAAAUGAAUGUUAAAAAACCACAAAAAUGUUUUGAAAAAUUAUAGCAAUAAUUCAAAAUUGACCCAAAUUAA